ACCCUUUCUUUCUUUUGUUUUCUUCGUUAGCAUUUAUGAUUCAUGCGUUAAUGAUUAUAAAGUUAUUGAUUUUUACAUCGUUUGAAAUUAUCCUUCAAUUCAUCUUGUCAUUUUAUCAUGAGGGGUUAUCAUUCAUAUAAUGAUACUAUUAUUCGUUUCCUCUUUAUAAUUUUUUAUUUAUAACUAAUAUUUAUUUCAUGUUGUGGUAUUUGUAUUUUGUGUAGAUUUUUUACCUUGCUUUCAUUUCCUUCAUAAAUGGGCUGCUUCCACUCUAAAGGAAGAAAAUGUCUAAGGCAGGAAGACCCAACAAUUCUUGCAUCAGAAACAGCUUUCAGUGUUAGUGAUGUUGAAGCAUUAUUUGAGCUUUUUAAGAGCAUCAGUAGAUCUGUAAUUGAUGAUGGACUAAUAAGCAAGGAAGAAUUUCAAUUGGCAAUUUUCGAUAAUAGAGCAAAGGAAAAUCUUUUCACAAGUCGGAUCUUUGAUUUAUUUGACGUGAAGGGAAAAGGAGUAAUUGACUUUGGUGACUUUGUGAGAGCACUCAAUGUCUUCCACCCAAAUGCACCACAAGAAGUCAAGAUAGAUUUUUCCUUUAGACUCUAUGAUCUGGACAAUACAGGUUUUAUAGAGCGCCAUGAGGUCAAGCAAAUGAUAAAUGCACUUUUAUAUGAAUCAGAAAUUAAGUUAAGUGACGAGAUGAUAGAAACAAUUAUUCAAAAGACUUUCUUGGAUGCUGACCCAAAUCAAGAUGGAAAAAUAGACAAAUCUGAGUGGAAAGAUUUUGUUGCUGAAAAUCCAUCACUGCUAAAAAUCAUGACACUGCCCUACCUAAGGGAUAUAACAACAACUUUUCCCAGUUUUGUAUUUAACUCGAAGGUGGAUGAUGACAUUGCUGACUGAAAACAUACAUUUUGGUUACACGUUAAUUUAUUAAUCAAAAUCAGGACUUUUGUUUUGUUUUUAUUUAAUAUAUGAGUAGGAAAUAUAGCAAUAGAUACAUUAAAAUAGUUAGCUUAUAUUGGUUAAUCAUAAAUGAUGUUGAUCUCAUUUAAAUGUUGUGUCGGCUUUCAUGUCAAUGAAAGUGUUAUUGUUGUAGAAUAUUAACUUACUUCUAAAAUCCUAAUCAGAUUGCAUGAAAUAGAAAAUGGAUCGUUUCUUAUCCAACAACUAUUGAGGCUUUA